CGCGCUGGGCCUGCGCAGGCGAUGCCGCCCGGUCCUUCCUGACGCCUGACGCCGAGUGUCGCCGCCCCGAUGGCCGCCGAGCCCCCUGCGCUGCGCCUGCGGCCGCCGGGGAGCACCGGAGACAGCCCGCCAGUGCCGCGCCUGCUCGGAGGCUGCGUGCCGCUGUCGCAUCAGGUGGCUGGCCACAUGUACGGCAAGGACAAAGUGGGCAUACUCCAACACCCAGAUGGUACAGUUCUGAAGCAGCUACAGCCGCCGCCACGGGGCCCGAGAGAGCUGGAAUUUUAUACCAUGGUUUACGCUGCUGACUGUGCUGAUGCUGUUCUCCUGGAGCUGCGAAAACACCUGCCCAAGUACUACGGCGUCUGGUCCCCUCCCACCGCACCAAACGAUGUAUACCUAAAACUGGAAGAUGUGACUCAUAAGUUUAAUAAGCCCUGCAUAAUGGAUGUGAAGAUAGGGCGGAAGAGCUAUGACCCCUUUGCCUCAUCAGAGAAAAUCCAGCAGCAGGUCAGCAAGUACCCUCUGAUGGAGGAGAUCGGGUUCCUGGUGCUCGGCAUGAGGGUUUACCAUGUUCAUUCUGACAGCUAUGAGACACAAAACCAGCACUAUGGAAGGAGCCUAACAAAAGAGACGCUGAAGGAAGGCGUCUCCAAGUUUUUCCACAAUGGCUUCUGUUUAAGAAAAGACGCAGUUGCUGCCAGCAUUCAGAAGGUUGAGAAGAUUCUCCAGUGGUUUGAAAAUCAGAAGCAGCUUAACUUUUAUGCCAGCUCAUUACUGUUUGUUUAUGAAGGUUCAUCUCAGCCAGCUACUACAAAAUCAAACGAUAGAACUUUGGCCGGGAAGUUUCUCUCCAAAGGCCACCUGUCGGACGCAGACGUACUGGAGUGCAAUAACAACUUUCACCUGUUCAGCUCCCCGGCCAACGGGACGUCAGUAGGCAAAAGCUUAUCCAAGGUGUACGCCAGGCACAGAAAGCUGUACUCCAAAAAGCACCACAGUCAGACUUCACUGAAAGUGGAAACUCUGGAGCAAGACAACGGGUGGAAAAGCCUGUCCCAGGAACACUUAAACGGAAACGUACUCUCCCAACUGGAAAAGGUGUUCUAUCACCUUCCUGCAGGGCGCCAGGAGAUCACAGAUGUAGAAGUGCGGAUGAUAGACUUCGCCCACGUGUUCCCUAGCAACACAGUCGAUGAGGGGUAUGUUUACGGUCUGAAGCAUCUAGUUGCUGUCCUUCGGAGUAUUUUAGACAGUUGAGUCUCGCUGCAGUCUGUGAAGGAGUGGGCCGAUCACCGUGGGGAGCCGCAGGCAUCAGCUGGGCCCCUGUAAUGCUCUGUAAAAAGUUUGUAUUGUGAGUCAACGUUUUAUUUGUCUUUAUACCUUUGGUAGAAGGUUAACUUUUUUAUAUUCUUACUCAGGAAUACUAAUUUGUUCAUUAGAAAACUAUGAAGAAUAAAGAAACAGGAAUGUCGAGCAGGGAAUGUGUGGGACAGGGAGUAAAUAGCUGUAACAUGUUUGCAAAACCAUUACUCAGCCAUUCAGAGUUCAUGUAGCUUUCUGUAGCCAGUCACCAUGGAAUCUCUGUCCACUCAACCUUACCGGUGAGCUGUAUCUCAACUAUGACAUUGCCAGACCACCUUAAGAUCUAGAAAGCGCAGGUUGUGUUCAUCAGGACCAGUGUGCCCGAGCUCCCUAAAACUGGAGAACAUUUGACACGGAGAUGAGGUUGUGUGGGCUCCACGUUAAAAGCAGAGAGCAGGGCCGGGCGGUGGUGGCGCACGCCUUUAAUCCCAGCACUCCGGAGGUAGAGCCAGGCGGAUCUCUGUGAGUUCGAGGCCAGCCUGGUCUACAGAGCGAGUUCCAGGACAGGCUCCAAAGCUACACAGAGAAACCCUGUCUCGAAAAACAAAACAGAAAACAAACAAACAAAAAAAGCAGAGAGCAGUGGAUGAAAGGUGCUUAACCUGGCGUGGUCCACCCUCGGGGUCCCCUGUGGGGUCCCCUGCAGUUCCUUCUCUGUGCUCUGCGCUGUGCCUCAUGGGAAAGGUGAGUGAGGCACAUGGCUGACAACAGUCUUGGAAUUAAUAGCACAAAUUUUUCCUCCCUAGGGUCAGGAGAAGAGAGGCUAUUUGUAAAGAACAAAUUACUUUUUUUUUCCCUCAAGGAUUUCAUUUUUGGAAAAGUCUUCAUUUACUCUGUUGUGAAAAGUGCGAUGCUUUUUAUUACCAUUCUGAGGCUUUGGAAAGGUGCAUGGUGGAAACUUAGUUUUGUUUCUUCUUUAAACAAUUUUUGAGACCCUUUUCCAUUUAAAGAAAAAUCUUUUUUUUUUUUUUUCUUAAAUGUAUUCCCAUUUACUUUCGAGCCUUAGCAUAAACACAUUUCUCAGAAUCUGGUUAAGCAGUGACAGAAUGCCGUUCCUGGUGUAGAUGGGAAUCCUGUGUAGGUUUCCCGCCCGUGGCAUCUAACAGAGAUAUCAUAGUUUAAUUUCACUCAGAACGAGGGCAGGCAACUUUUCCUUGAAGAAAUAGAUUUAUAAGUGUUAUGUUUAUUUUACAGCUACCACCCUUUUCAAAUUAACUAGUUAUUUAUCAGUAAAAUAUUUUUAAAAUUGAAAUUAAACCCUCAAGUCCUUUUGCUGUCAGUACUGUAGUAAUGGCUUGCACUUUGACUUACUGGUGUAUUACAAUAAUUGAACAGCUUGACGUUUCUGAAAAAUAUUUUUGAGUUGUGACUUUACCUUUUUUUAAAAACCCCAUUUUCCUUCAGAAUUACAAAUGAAACUGUUAUACCCCAGAACCAUUUUCUUGAACGUGGAGGGAAUUUUAGGUUUAUCUUACUCUCCUGACCCCAUCACAGGGUAGUUUUGCAAAAGCCCACGCCCAAACGUGAGCCAGGAAUAAAUGGGUCAUUAGCCAGCGUGCCUCGGGCAUGUGCGUUUCGUGAGUUUUCACUCAGGAGGCUCCAAGUCUCCUCCACAAGGACUCCAUGUUCUCUGCCCAAGUGUGUACUGGCUAGAGAUGGUUUUGCUUCUUUCAUUUUGUGGGAGUGAGUUUCUAUCGAUAAUUCUUAGAAAACUUGGAGUUUUACUUUUUUUCUUACAAUAUUGACUUUUGUUCCUGGGUGUGAUUCAGUAACUCUCAAGCUCAUCUGGUGAACACUAGUUUGAAUCUUAAGAGGCAGUUUGGGAUGAUGUCAGGCUGUGUGCGAUGAAUAAGUCAACUCAAGUACUCAAAGCUUUGGGCACACGGUCGCUCAGUAAAGUCCUUCAUCUACAGCUCUUUGAAGCAUUUUGGAAGCCCAGCAUCCUGCCUUCCUGAUGACUAGGUUUUGUCUGAAUAAAACAGGAAGCGAUUCUUAUCUCUGCUUUUCAGGGAAGGGAUUAAUACUCAAUUCUUCUUGUUUACAUUUUAACACUGUUGCCCACUUUAUGUUACUUUUUGAUUAUGCUUUUGAUGACGUGAUCAACGUGUGUAUGUAACCAACCUGUGGCGUUUUCUGGUCUGUCCUGUCUUGUAAGAUGAUGCUGAGAUUUGCCACUUUGGGGAUGAGGCGUCCAUCACUAGCCAAGCAUAUGUGAACACAGAUGUUUAAGAACUAAGCAAACGAGGAGACGGUUCGGACUGAUGGAAAUGCUACCCCCCUCCCCCAACAUGAUUUUAGUGUAUUUCUUAAGGGAUGCACUCUCAUGGAAAGGACUUUUAAGAAAUUGUGGAUGUGAAUACGUUUCUCAAAUAAAAGUUUAAAUUGUAAAAUAGUUUUAUAAUAAAAUAUUUACAUUAAUUAUUUUAAUAUGGAUGGAAGUUGCAUAAAUUAUAAUUGUUAAAUAUUUAAGUCGUCUUUCGAGAGAGUUUUGAAAGUGUGUGUAAGUGGCUCUAGUAGCCGUUAAAUUGCUUUGUGUGUCUGAAGGGGGCUUGUGCACUCUGCCUGUCCACACUACAGGUUGCUACCGUGGCCCUGCAGGCUGCUCAACUGACUAAUAACUAUUUUCUGAAUGUUGAUGUCCUGUAAUUCAGUGGUUUGUGAUCUCCGUGGCAAUGCUCUUCCCACCAGGCCUAGGAACUAUCAAGUUUAUCACAUUUGGGGGAAAAUGAAUUUCCAUAAUUCGGUUGCAGUCUUCUCAUUGACUUUUG